GUGACGACUUGAAAUGAACGUGGAUGUUCAACCCGACUGUUCUGACACUUCGGGCAGCGUGCAGCAGCACUCAUAGCAGGCGCUGUGCAGCGCACUCCUGCAGGCGAUAACAGCAACUCGAUUCCAUCUUGUGCGCCCUCACAUUAAAUAUCGGCUCCUGAUGAUUUCUUGAUUUCCUACCACAGCUGCUCGACGAGUGGGAUUGCCGCCGACACAUCAUCCGCUGCUCUGCUCUUCGUCUCCUCGCGACAAGGACGCCAUUGACCGCCAAACAUUUCAAACGUUGUCGUUGUGUCUGCCGAAGCCCAUCCAGCGACCGACCGCCGCCCAGCGUGAUCUUUCAACCCGGCAGGGCUGAUGCCCGCGCCCUCGUGACCGUGACCGAACCCCUCCCAGGACACCGAACAUGUCACAAUACCCGCAUGGGUAUGGCUACGGCCAGUACCGUGGUCAACAUGCGCAGCAGCCAUUUGGCUACCAGACUAUGCCGGGGUAUCCCGCGCCUGGUCAUAACGAUCUCUUCGCUGCCUCGACCCCCCAAAACCACCGCGAGCUUUCGCAGUCGGCAUACAACUUGAAUGCCACGCACAUCCCGGGCCUUGGGAUAGGAGGCGCAGCUCCUGCUGGGACUUACAACAACUUUUCAUCCGGCAUCGCCGCUUGGGGUCCGCCACCUGGUUUUUCGGCAUCCGCGUCGAAUUUACCACCGCGGCCGUAUGGAACUACUUCUUCGGAACCCCCAGCGCCCCAAUCCAGGGUCGUAACGAGCAGCUCGAAUACGAAUGCCGCUCUCGCGAACCAACCUGCUCCGGGCCCCACCCGCCGAUCCGCAGAUGUUCAGAUUGAGGCGGAAGAAGGCGAGCUGAGCGAGGGCCAGUUUGAGGAUUUGUACGAGCCUCGGGACGAGGUUCCAGAUGCCUCUGCACAGUCUGUCUCCAAGCCUCAGCCGGCCAUGGACCCGAGUCGACCCGCGAGCGUUGCUGAUACACCCGACGGGGGCUUUUAUGGCACCGACGAGGAUGAUGGCGCAAAGGACUCUAGGGGUAAAGAAGGUCGUGAGAGGUCCGCGUCUUACUCGCCUUUCCUUUCGCCGCGAGAGAUUCAGAGUGGGAUCCCGACUCCGCAGCCCACAACGAGCCAGGGAGCCCAACGAGAUCCCGCUUUAGCACCCGAGGAUAAGACCGGCCCACCUGUUCCAGGCCUGCAACAUACGAAUCAUGCUUCUGGCAACAGUCCCACCCAGCCAGACACCUCUGCCCAGCAAUCGCCGAAGGAUUUGUCAAGCUCCUUCAGAUCGGUGCAGGAAGCCAAAAAGGAGGCGCAGAAAGCAAUUCUGCGGCUGUGGCCACUGGGCAUCAAGUAUCAGACUUAUAUCGAUGAGGGAUUUGACGAGGAUAUGAUCAAGGGGCUGUUCCGGGACCUUCACCUCGACAUACCCAAGAACCGCGCCGACUCGCCUCCCGCUCGACGCGCAGAUGCACAACGGCAGGAAAGCACUAACUCCAAGUCGACCGUGCCGAGUCUGGCAACUGAGGCGCAAUCACAACAGGCAGCAUCAGCUCCCAAGGACGCCGCUGCGACGUCCGAUCAGUCGGGAAAGGGCGAGGAGCGUAAAGACCGCAUCGCGCGGCUCCUUGCCGCGAAGGCUGCCAAGGCGCCGGCUUCGCAAAAACCGCCGAUUCCGACUACGACGGAGCCCAAGCGAACUGAGACGAAGCCACAAGCCCAGGAGAGCGUGCAGAAGAGUCCGCCGGGGCCAACGCCAGCGUCCGCGCCAGCGCCGGCGCCAGCGCCGACCCCGACCCCGACCCCGGCCUCGGCCUCAGCCCCGACCCCCUCUACGGCACCCAAAAGCAAAGUAUGGGGCGAGAAAGAACGCCUGAUUCAGCAGAAAAUAGCGGCGUUGCAGAAGUCCCGAGAGGCGCAAGCCCAGAAGUCCGCAACCGACACGACCGACUCGGUGGGUAGUACCUUGCCUAAACCGACGACAGCAGGCGCCUCAGCGGCGGCGACUCCCACAGGCCCUCAAGCGGCAGCGCCGCCUGUGACGGCUGGCGGCGGCCCGUCCAACUCGUCCCUAUCACGCCUCCCUAUCCCCGGCUUGAGUUCAUCAUCACACCCUCAUCCCAACUCCUCAUCUCAGAGAAAACGCCCGGUGGCGGCGGAUUUCGUCGACUAUUCAUCAGGGCCGGCACCUCUCAAGCGACCUUUUGGCCAAGCGCGCAAGGAGACUUCUUUGAUCAUUGAUGUCAGCGACGAAUCCGACGACGAAGAGAUGGAGAUGGACAUGGAUAUGGAAUCCCCAGUUGAUGAGUCGUCGUCGAGACGGGCCAGCAGCGCUCCGGGACCGCGCGGACCAGCUAUCCGCGACUUCCCCCCACUUACCGAUACUCUGCCGCAACGCCAGUUUUCGAGCCCUGCGCCUUCCGUAACACCACCGGCUGGCCCCGUUAACAACAGGAAACGAGAGACCGAGCUGGACUUGAAGGAGAAGGAGAUCCAGGAGAUGAGGCGGCGCAUCGCCCUUGCAGAGGCGAAGCGAAAGGCAAAGCAGGCCUUGGGUGGCUCGGAGACGCCGAAACAAACGGAGGACACGGCGGAGCCGAAGGAGAAUAAGACUGCUCCGGCGCCCCAUCUCGAACGUGCCGACUCCAUGAGCAGCGUAGAUCGGCUUGAUGCAUCUUCUCCCCAGCUUACGCCGGAACCUACAUCAAUGAAGCUCGCCAAGCCGUCCGACAGGGCGGCUCUCGAUGUGCGACAACGAGCAGAGCGCCGGGGCCGCAUCGUGAGCUUUGAGAUUCCCCGGGUCGAAUCGACUCUCAAGGAGAAGCUGGACCGGCUCCGGAAGUUGCAGGACGAAGAAGCACGCCUGAAGGCCGAGAUCGACAGCAACUAUGCGGAGAAGAAAAGGCUGGCGGACGAGCUGCAGCAGCUCGACGCCACUCCGGUGGAGAGCCCGCAGCUGAAUGGGCUGGAAUCCGCCAGGGAUUCGGCCACCGAGGGUCGCGGUGUUCGACAAGUACAGGCCGGAAACGCGUCGGUUGACAUUCAGACAGAACAACCCUCGUCGUCCUCUCCUACGUCUGAGAGCAGCAGAGAGCCAGGUGAAGUAUCAACGGAUGAGGCGGAAGCCCCACGCGGACUUUCAGGGGAACCGUCCUCGUCGGCUGCUGACAAAGACACGGGAGCUCCCACUGCUGAUGCUGCCGUCGACCGAGCUGAGACGCUGCUUGACCAAGAUGCUUCAAAUCUUUCGGGGAGCAUCGUGUUGCCCUCUUCGAAUGCUCGAGACUCAGCUGCAAUGCCGACAUCGGAUGAUAAACUAGUCGAGGGCAGCUCCGCCACGCCCGCCCUGGCCGAGCAAGUUGGACCUACCAUUGUCGACGAGACCACGCCAAUGGAGUUGGACUCCAGAUCACCCAGUCCGGAGGUAGCCGAGGCUGUCCACAGUAACGAUGCCGAGGGCGAAUCAUCCAAUGCUAGACAGCUCUCGGCUCCACUACCGGACCAGAUAUCCGGCGUUGCGCAGCCCCGUGAAGCCGAGCAGGAAAUCGAGAUCGAAGCGGCUGGAGAAGUAAAUGCGCACGAUGGACCGGCGUCACAGUCGGCAAGUACAUUGGCACCUUACGAGAGCCCGCUCCGAUAUUUCCACGCCUACCGAUUCCAUCCGGAGUUCCAGCGUGUAGUUGCCGGUGGUCUGAAGUCUCUGACUUACAGCAACAGAAUUGACCCCGACAAAGAGCUCUGUCCUUUUGAACUGAGUGGAGAGCAAUGUCCUCCCAACUGCGAGUUCCAGCAUUUUGAUGCCAUCAGCGCUCCUGAUGACCAAAUCCUCGUGGAGUUGGGCAAUGCCGAUGAGUACAGCGGCGAGGAGAAAAGCCGCUUCAUCCAGGGCUUGCGGGAGCUUCUUCAGAAGUUCAGGGCGGACAAGGUUAAGGACUUCGACACAAUAGCCCGCGGGAUCAUUGAGUUCCGCUCCCAACUCCUGGGGGACAAGUCCAAGGUGCUCCCGCUGGAAGGGGUCACCAUCUGAUCCGACGCCUUUCGCCCGACACUCAACCAUUAAUCCGGUUUUUUCAUCCCGCUCCCGACAGUAGAUCUCUCCUUUUUCGACCUUACAACUUUGUUUUUUCCCAGUUU